CGCCGUGUUCGACACGAUUACUCUCACCUCCGUUCGCUCUCGUCUUGCGCCUCUCCGCUCCGCUCCACCACAAUCGCCGUGCUCUCCACGCCUCCGCCGAGGAGGAGAUCGACCUCGCCGCCGAGGCCGCGCCCCUCACCCUCCACGCGCUCCACUCCAACCGUCUCGCGCUCCUGCUUCACCUGCGCCCAGUCACCGCGCCGCCUCUGAUGUCUUCCUCUCCUCGCGCCCCGAUCCCCACUCCCAGUCCCAGUCCCAGUCCCACGGCGCCGCGCCACGGCACAGAUCCGUCACGGCCGCGGCGGCGUGCUCUCCACCGUCUCCGUGGCCUUGCUCCCGCGCGCCGCGGCGCCAUGCGCGUCACCGUCGCCGUGGGCUUUGCUGCCGCGCCACGCAGCUGUGUGCGAUUCCCGCGCGGCGCCGCGCCGCGUCUGAUUUCCUCGCGCGCAAGCUCUUCCUCUCCGCCUCCGCCCUCGCAGCGCCCCAUUCCCCACUCCCACCGCGACACGGCCAAGCUCCGUCAGGGCCGCGGCGGCGUGCUCGCCACCGUCGCUGUGGCCUUGCUCCCACGCCACGCAGCGGCGUACGAAGCCGGCGGGAGCGCGGCCGUGGGUGUCAACUGGGGCACGAUACUGCCCCACACCCAUGCCCCCCGUUGGCAAUCGUGGUGCGGAUGAUGGCAUGCUGCAGGCCAAUGGAGUCGACCUGGUGAGGAUGUUCGACGCCGAACCAUGGACGGCCGGCGCGCUCGUCGACACCCGCAUCCAGAUCGUGAUCGCCGUCCCCGAAGACCAGAUCGCCUACGUCUCCAGUGACCCACGCAGCGGCCGCUUAUGGGUUCGCGCAGAGCGUCUCCUACUACCUCAAGACCAGCAUCGACGUCAGGUACGCCCGCACUGCUUCUCUCGUGAAAUGGGGAAUCGCGCUCUCUCUAGUCGCUACGGGUUGUGGAUUGGUGAGAGGGAUGUCGCGCGCGCAUGUUGUUUGCGUAUGCAUGCUAAAUGUUAGGUGUUGUGCGCGGGGCGAGACGAUUCGGGGCGUGUAGCGGAUAUCUGUUCGGGCGCGUCGAAAGUGUUCGACGGAAUGCCUCAUAGAUGGUAUGGAAUUGUGACAUGCAGUAUUGUGUGGUUCAUCUGAAAUCGAUGGUUCGUGCAAUCGUGCUGCUGUCGCUGCCUGCUGGGUUCAGGUCUGUCCUAUCGCCUGAAAGACUUCGAGUGUUACUGUUAAUUAAUUAGGCAUCACAUAAAAAUGUGUUAAUUAGAGGCAGUCCAUCAUAUGUAUCCUGCAACCAGCACCAUGCAGUAACUAGUUUCAUUUAUAUUGGUGCACAGUGCCAGUUGCUGUGUCACGGUUUUUAUAAAUUCAGUGACAUCACACUAUGAUUUCCAUGUUUGUUCAGAGCGGAAGUUGUAUAAGUUAUGGCUAUGCAAAUGUUAGAGAAACAUGCACUGAUUAGUUUAUGAUUUAUGAAAGGUUGUUUGUAGACUGUAGACUCUGUUUAUAUGCUUCUGCAGAUGCUGACUGAACUAGUUCAUUCAAAACAUACUCAAAAUGUCGAGUGGAUAAACGCAGAACUGGGCUGAUCAAUUGGACUACCAUUUCUAGGUUUAUAACUGUAGAUGCCAUUGGAAGCCAGGAUGAAAUUGUAUGUUGUGUCAUUUAGACCAUUUUAAUCCUAAAUUGUGUUGAAUCACUGUGGUGUGUCCUUAUUGAUGAAUGUUUGGGCUUUGGAGAAACAAUGUGGAUUCUACCGACUUUAGUCAAUUCAGAUUCUAGCUAGUGCUUUGAUUGAAUCUUGAUUUUCUAUAACUCCCAGCUAAUUAAAUUGAAUUGUUGAGAACUUUCUUUGUAAUUGUGUAAGAACUUUUUAGUCACUUUUAUAUCCAGAUUGUAACUGGGCUUGAACCUUACGUAUAGCAUUUCUUGGAACUUCUGUUCGGACGCACAGAAAUUGGUCGACUGAAUGCCGCUCUAGGACAUGGAGUUUUGUGUAA